ACCCGCCGCUGCCGCCCCCCGAGCCUCGCGGCCGCCGCUGCCGCCCGGCGCCCCCGGAGAGGGCGGCGGGCGCCCCCCGGGGAAGAUGAAGGCGGAAGGAGGCGACCACUCCAUGAUCAACCUGUCGGUGCAGCAGGUCCUGAGCCUCUGGGCCCACGGGACGGUGCUGAGGAACCUCACGGAGAUGUGGUACUGGAUCUUCCUCUGGGCUCUCUUCUCGUCGCUCUUCGUCCACGGUGCUGCGGGCGUGCUGAUGUUCGUGACGCUGCAGAGGCACAGGCAGGGCAGGCUGAUCUCGGUCAUCGCGGUCAGCGUGGGAUUCCUGGCGUCCAUCACUGGGGCCAUGAUCACUAGUGCAGCCGUGGCCGGCAUCUACAGAGUGGCAGGCAAGAACAUGGCGCCCUUGGAGGCGCUGGUGUGGGGCGUCGGGCAGACUGUACUCACGUUAAUCAUCUCCUUUUCAAGGAUCCUCGCCACACUCUGAAGCCUGCGUGGGAAUGCCCGACCUCACCUAAGCAAACGGAGCGCCGGAUCGUGGUGGUGUUGUUAACCAGUAGAGACAGAAUGGCACGGGCGCUGUGCCCUCCCGGUCCCGGGCCAAGGCAGGCCUGGCGCGGUGGAGAGAGGCUGCCCUCUGGUGUUGGAGCGGAUGCACUCCCGCACUGCGCCCUUCGUGCCUCGGUCCCACGCAAGGUGCACGAAGACGCUCCGGGAAGCCACCAGAAAUAAAGCACCUUGUUUAGUGGCCAUUGGGGCCCGCCGUGGCGUGGAAACCAUCGUUCCUAGCGGCAUCGUGUCAAGUCACGGGGAUGUUUCGAGGAAUUGCAAUAUGUGCCAAACUCUUUUCUCUCCCUUAACACUGAUCAUGUGACAACUUGCCAGUGUAGCUGUAGAUGAGUGCUGUGAACAUAUGUGACACGAAUUCAGGUAACGUUGUGAGAUUCUGUGUUGUGAGCCGAGUCUGGUGUGAGUGUCCAAUCCCAAGUUGUCGGUGUGAGAGAGCCGGUGUGGUCGUCAGCGUGCUGUGCAUCUGGACCUAGGGCUUCCUUCUGUUUUGGCAUUGUUGUUACUUGACUCACGCAGGACGUCAGAGGCUUCUUCCCGGAAGAGGAGCAAGCCUGUGGGACGGACGGGGCUCUGUGGGGCGCACACUUGCCACACGGUGAACGGGCCCUUUGGGGGCAUUUCCCUUCUGUGUGUGUGAAAUCAUGGACUUCGUGGGUCACAGGAAUUCAGUGUGGAGAGCUGCUUGUAGAUUCUGUAAGACAGAAAGGCGCCAUGCAUGUUGCAUUCUUUGGCCCUUCUCAAGAAAGCGUUUGCCUCCCUCCUUGCUGCAGAGAUGGUCUCCACAACCAGACGGGCAUGAGUGUCCCAGUGCGGGCAUGGCACCUGCUGACACAUCUGAAUUUCUCUUUUUUUGAAAAGUGGAAACAGUCUUUCGUUUAAGCAGUGCAGUGGAUUAGGCUCUGGAGAUAAAACCUGGUUUAGGGAUAAGAGGCCAGUGACCUUGACAGGAAGGGGAGUGAGCCAUCUUUAUGUGGACGUGUGAGGACAUCAGUGUAGGCAUUGUAACUUUGGAUGUUCCCACUUGGCUUAUCGGCAGGGCCCCAGACGUGCCCUGGGUCAUUCAUUAGCGUGUUCAGCUCGUAGGCUGCCGUGGCGGUGACAUCACGGAAUAGGGGCUGUGGCCUUGGCACGCCCCUGUUGUCCUUGGGGAAUUGUGGACGAAGUAGGGGGAUUAGAAGGCCCAGCUGACCUGGGCUCCCGGGGGACCAGUUGACAUGAGAAAUGUGCAGAUUCCCACAGAAGCUAUUAACAAGAAUAUGACCUUACGGACAGUCUGAAAGGUCACCUGGCCUGGUCGCCUUACCGGCUCAGCUGACUUAGGUAAAAUACAGCAGAUCCAAGUCCCCGUUUAAAUGUAAGGCCUUUGUUACCGACAGCCCUCCAGCAGAAAAACACCGGAGAACGCCUGAACAGCGUGGCAGGGAGGAGCUGCCGAGGGGUGCUUUGCUGUGGGGAAGCCAGGCUAGGGAGAUGAGUUGGUUUAAGAAAACAGUCAGCUAAAUGGUUCUGUGCUCUUCGGGGUCUUUGGAGGAAAUCUUGAAGUGAUUCUUUGAACUCGGUGCCGGGAUGGAAUCGUUUCCAGGCGCUCUUCGUCUUUCGGAUGUUGUCUUGGGUUGAACUGGGCCUGACUUGGCUGGGGAGCUGCUUCUCUUUCCUUCCCUGGGCCUUGCUUGCCUCGUGCAUGGCCACGCUCCACUCCCCCUCUUCUCCAAGCAGGGCGCAGCAUCCGCCCGCCCACAAGACGUCCCCACUACCACGGGGACCCACCUUGCCUCUCGACUCCCGGAUGGAUUUAUUUUAGCAUGUGUAGGGGCGCGUAAGCUUUGCCGGAAGAUGGCGUGGCAGCAUUUCAUGGCUGGCUGACUGCUACAAAGAGCUGCAGGCUCUGGGUUCUUCCCCGGGGGAAGUGCGGAUCAGGGGGUGGGAGUCAGCUUGCAGAGGGCCCUGCAGUGAGCUCAUUAUCAAGUCGGUGUGUCAUGGGGUGUGUGUAGGUGAGCACUCUUCGUUUAGGGGGCAUUUUGCUUUCUGUGGCUGUUGUCAUUUACCUCCACUUGGAGUUUUGGGCUGUGCGUCACUGCUGAU